UCGGCCGCCUGUCGCUUUGUUUUUCUUGGGAGGUGUUUAUACGGAUUGUAUACAGACCUUCGAGAGCGUAACACGGAAGGAACAUUUUUUUGGCAUUUGUUUAGAGGAUUCGGAAAGGAGACAAGUUUACUUCUCUCGAUCGGAUAUCGAGAAAAUACGAUCUCAAUUAUGUAUUUAUAGAAUGUGGUCUAACCUAUCUACCGGUUUGAAAACUUUUCUAUCGCGUCGGUGAAUUGAGAAUACUGUUCAUCAUCGUGAUCGGUUCAUUGCUGAGACAUAUAAUAUUGAGACAUGGCAGCGCCCGAAGCGAUACAAGUCAGUUCCCUGCCAUUGCCCCCCGUUCAAUAUAUUAAUUUAUACACGGAUGAGAAUGUUCGCCGUGGAAGAGCUCCGCGACCACCGCCACCAAUUCACGAUAGUUACUCCAUGUUCGGUAACGUUUUCAAUGCGGAUGACACGAUUAUCAGACCGUUGGAGGCUCAAGGAAUCAAAAGACUGUACCCGCAACACUUUGACCGUCGACGUGAAUUAAAGAAGCUUAAUCAUUCUCUGCUUGUCAAUUUCUUGGACUUGAUAGACUUACUCGUCCAAUGUCCCGAUAGUCCCAGACGUGCGGAGAAGGUCGAAGACUUGAGCUUGUUAUUUAUUCAUAUCCAUCAUCUGUUGAAUGAAUUUAGACCGCAUCAGGCUAGAGAAACAUUACGAGUUAUGAUGGAACUACAGCGUAGACAACGUCUUGAAACAGCGCUGCGUUUUCAGAAACAUCUUGAAAAAGUUCAAGAAAUACUACAGCAUGCUUUACAGAUGCUUCCAGAUACUUCAGAACUAGAUUCUAAACUUGCAAUAAAUACAGAUGUUAUGGAGUCUGUUGAUAAUAUGGGUUUUAAACAACAAACUCAGGAUCCAUGUAGUCCAAGUGAUCGUAUUAUGUGUAAAGUGAUAGACGAUAUGAUUUCUUCAAAUGGGUUAUUUUGAGCAGUAAUUAAUUUAUCAAUGAAUAUGCUAUAAUAAUUAUAUAUGUGUAUAUAAUGUUAUGAUGGUGAUAUAAGGAUAAAAUGUGAUCUUUUUUAAAUAUAUUAUUUAUGUAUUUACAUUAUUUUUAAUGCUAGGAUUAUAUAUAGUUAUUUAAUAAUUAGUUGAAAAUUAUUUGUAAGAAUAGUCUGAUAAUAAUGAAAUAUAAUUUACAAUUACUACUUUCUUCUUAAAAGAUCAUUAAUAAAAAUGGUGAAACAUA